GAUGGUACACAACCGAAGGAAAAGAUCGGAUCCUACAACCAUCGACUCGAUAAUUCCAAUAAACCAGCCUACUGAUACUACUGAUACACGUCUGGCAAAACGUGAGUCUAUGGUGUCCGCUCUUUCUAACUACCUGUUGUCAUUGCUACCAAAAAACGUAGCCAACGCAGCUCGAUACAUUUAUCCAUUCAUGGUUUUACGAAUAGGAGACACCACGGUAUUUCAAGGAAUUAUUAACACGUUUGGGAUGCUACUAGGUUAUUAUCCUUCUCAAACGCCAACGAUCUCUGGACGUGCAUCCGACGGAAUGCAUAUGUUUCAACAAAAUUUAACUGCACAAGACGAGCUUUUCUCGGAGUUAAUUAAGCGUGUGGAGGAACAUGAGGAGGAUAUCGUGCUGGAAUACGCUUAUCCAUGCCUAGUUGCACGAGUGAAAGACACCAAAAUGUUUCAAGAAAUUGUAAAGAAAUUGGAGUAUAUACUGGGUCAUUAUCCAUCUCAAACGCCAACGAUCUCUAAACCUGUAUACAACGGAAUGCAUAUGCACAUGAUCAGCACGGAAAAGCCAAGCCAGGAAAAUUUAUUAAAAAUACCUUUUUACUCUGAAAUAACACCGGAAGCUUUCUAUCAAUACCCGAUUGUCGGUGCUCUAUAUUUUGACAAAACUGGCAGACAAUGUCUAAAAUAUUAUUCUUACUAUCCAGCAAAUAAUUAAAAAAAUAAUCUACGCGCGCGCAUUUAUUUUGUUUAUUUAAGUUUUAACUGAUUUAUUGUUUCUUAUAUAUGUGCCUGUUUGGGUAUUACAUAUGGCGGUCAACUAAUAUUAACGAGUUAUAAAUGUUGUACGUAAAAUAUUUAAUUCUUUCUUAAAUAACAAUGUAAA